UAUUCCGUAACUUCCGGGUUAUUAAAGGAGGAAAUUGUUGUGUUUUAAUGAGUGUAUUAACGUGAUUUAACUUGUUAUCAGUAUCUGAAUCUAGUAAUAACUCUGUAGAAAUGUGCUUGUACCAUAACUCAAGGAAAGUAUCACAGUUUUAAGACAGUGAAAUCCUGGACAUGGCUGAGGAGGGAGCCACCCCGGUCCCGGUGGGGACGACCAUGCAGAACUGGCUGGCCGGGACCAUUGUGGGUACCAUGGCUGUCAUUGUCCUGUCCAUCUUCAUCCCCGGCUGGAUCGUCUUCACAGACAUCAACUCAAGCCUGAGCGUGUCCGCCAGUAUCUAUUACUGGAUGGUGUGUGGUGCUAGAAACACUAGCUGUGGGGCCCACGGAGUUGGUCAACCAGAGGCCUACAUGUACAUCGAGAAAACAAACGCAACUCCAGACACGACUCUCCUGCUGGUAUCAGUGGACAUGAUUAUCUGUAUUAUGUGCGCGGUAAUCGUUCUGGGCGAUAUGGCGGGAAAUCAGCCCAAAACCACGUGGUGGAACAAUCUCAAGCUAGCCAUUCUCAUAUUUAUCAUUUUCGUACUUAACCUAGUUAUUCUAGGUUUGUUCGGACACAGCAGUAUAACCCUGUCUGCGGAGCCCUCGCUGGUGGUCAAUGUACCCUAUUCCCUGUUUAUCUUAUCCCUGGCCGUGCUGCUAGCGCUCCUGGAGUUCUGUUUUCUGAUCUACAUUCAUCGCGUCUCCACGGCCCCAUACAGGACAGUCCCCAGCACUUCUAUAGAGGAAGAAGACCAGCCCAGCACUAGCCAGCCGUCCAUCAACAGACCAUGUUAACUAACAGGGGCAUGUGCUGAUGCACAACUAGAUCUAAUAUUGGCUUACUUCAUAUUUGUAUGUCUUGUAAAGAGACUUGAAUCUCAUUUGAUUAAAUGAAGAGUUGUUUGUGUAUUUGUGUUGCCUUAUGUGCCAUGGCAGACCCAUAAGAUGCAUUUGUUUGGUUGAUUUCUUUAUUUUUCUUGCACAAUCUGUUAAAAAUUACAUCAGAGAACAACAUAUGUUACCUUGAUGAAAAGUAGUAUUUUGUACAAUAUUCUUGUUUUAUUUUAAAAGUUUAACCUUAAAUAAGGACUACCAGAAUAGGGAUAUCCACCUGGUAUCAAAGUCUGAAACCAUGAUACUAUUAUUCCAUCUAUGAAGAAUAAACUGCAUGUACAAACAUUUCCUUGUUAAAUAAAAUAAAUAAAUUGCACAUAAUCCAA